CUGUCGUGGCUUUCACAGACGCCACACGCGACGCGCUAGCCCAAAACCGAUCAUAGGAAAAAGUGAAAUAUACAAAAUAAAAUACAAAAAUAUAUUACAAGCAAGAAAAACGCCGCUAAAGAAAUCUGGAUCUAGUCAGACGACGGCUUGCAUUAAAUUUGAAUACGUCGUGUGAAUUAAUAAAAUCGACAAUUUUCACUCGUACCAUUGAUUAAAGCAACAACCAGAACGAGAACGCGCACGAGACGACAACAACAUGGCCAAGGAUUUGAGCACUUUGGGCUGGGAUUAUUUUAUGUUCGCGGCAUUUAUAGCACUCACCGUGCUGGGACCACUUUGGAAGCGAAUCUUUGGCAAGACGAAACAACGCAGCAAGGCCGAUUAUGUCUUUGCCACCGGCGGUGUUUCCAUUAUAGCCGUUAUGAUAUCCAUCGCACGUGGCACGCUUGGCGUACGCUCCGUGCUGGGCUAUCCCAGUGAGCUAUAUUAUCGCGGCUCAGCCAUGUGGGAGAUUAUCUAUGGCAUGAUGAGCGCCUAUCCCAUAGUCUGCUUUAUGUUUGUGCCCGUCUACUUCAAUCUGGGCAUCACCUCUGUCUAUCAGUACAUCGACUUGAGAUUCAAGAGCCGCACGGUGCGCUGCUUGGCCUCGGCUACAUAUAUUGUGCGUCAAAUUUGUAAUCUGGGCAUAACGGUAUACACGCCCAGCGUGGCGCUAUCAGCGGUCAUUGGCAUACCCUAUUGGGCCUCCAUAGUAGGCAUGUCCAUCAUAUGCAUAUUCUUUAGCGUCAUGGGUGGACUAAAGGCAGCAAUUAAUGCGGAUGUGAUACAAACGUUAACCAUACUGGUGGUCACUGUAGCUGUCUGCAUACAGGGCACGAUUUCUAGCGGUGGACCCAAGCGUGUUUAUCAGCUGAACAAGGACAAUGGUCGCUUAAGCUUUUGGAACUUUACUGGCGACAUGACCGUGCGCGUGGACACCACCUCUGCCUGGCUGGGACAAUUGUUUAUGUCGCUUUCACAAAUUGGCUGCCAGCAAAACUUUAUGCAGCGCUAUGUGAGCUUAAAGUCGCUCAAGGAAGUGCGACGUGUUAUGUUGAGCAAUGUACCCAUUGUAUUUCUAUUCUUUGCGCUUUCCUGGCUGUCCGGCAUGGUUAUUUACUCUACGUAUAUUAGCUGUGAUCCUUAUGCCGAGGGCUAUAUAAAGAAACCAGAUGAAAUUUUGCCUUUCUUUGUGGAGGAUCAAUUAGGCUUCCUGCCUGGUUUUGUGGGCAUCUUUAUGGCUACGCUUUUUAACGGCGCUCUGUGCAUGAUGGUCUCAAAUCUCAACUCGUUGGCCACUGUUUGCUGGGAGGACUUUGUCUCACAGCUGCCCAGAUUCAAGGGACUGAGCGACAAGCAGCAGUUGAAAAUUUUAAAAGUAGUCACCGUUAUUUGCGCUUUGAUUAUUAUGUGCGUAGCCUUUGGUGUGGGUUUGUUGUCGGGCGUCAUUGAGUCAUCGCUGCUGGUGUUCUCAGCCACUUCGGGACCACUGCUGGGCUGCUUUAUAUUAGCCAUGAUGGUGCCAGUAGCCAAUUGGAAGGGCACAUCCGCUGGCAUGGUUACAGCUUGCGCUUUUGUACUCUGGAUCAUUGGUGGUAGUUUCACUGUAACCAAGCCCUCAACUAUGCUGCCCACCUCAACAGAAGGCUGUUCCAACUAUACAUUUUCGCAAUCAAUCAAUAAGCCGGCCACUGAACUACCUUGGUUGCUAACUCACACACCUGUCGAUGGCUACAAUCAAACAUUUGUAGAUCCCACACCCACAUUUGCUCAAGAUCGCACCGCCUUGGAGACCUUUUACUCUGUUAGCUUUAUGUACUACAGUUUGAUAGGCACUGCACUGACUGUACUCAUUGGCACACUCAUCAGCUGCCUGACCCAACACGCCGACGAUGAAUACGAUGCUAAGCUGCUGCAUCCGCUAAUCUUUCGCGCCUACGAACGUCUGAAUGUGCCUAAGCCCUACUAUAUUAAACACGAGGAGGAGUCGGGUCUUAAUAGACGCAGCAGCAGCAACUCUUCAGCAGCAACAGCCGGCAAGGAGGAAAAGAUUAAUCAUGCUUUUGAUGCCACAAGUCUGCACAAUGAAUCAGACAAGAACAAUCCCAUAUCUGUAAUCUUUACCAGCGGUGGCAAUAACACUGCUGAGCCACGUAGUUCCAUUUGUGAUGCUGGAAAAAUGCAGCUGGAUACAGUGCCCUGUGGUGAGACAGGCAUCUAUCGACACUUAGGCCACAAAUCAACGUUCUGAUGCGUACUCAGGUCCCGCCGCAAUUACUUAUAUUCGUAUUUGUAAAACGUAGUCUAUAGAUACGUAAGCUAAGCCAUAGACUAGUUGAAUGAGAUGAAAAGUUGAGAGUAGCCGUACACACUCUGUGUAUCUGAAAGUCGAUAAAGAUGCUGUGAUUAUUCUACAAGUAUAUACAAAUUUAUAUGCCUGUAGCAAUAUUAUUGAAAGAUAUUCACGCAAUUAUAGAAAACAAGAAACAAAUUUUUAUUAAUAUGUACUUAUCUA